AGAAGGUGUAGUGGGCUGAGGCUUCUUCAGAAUCAGGAGCGAGAAAAAGGAAGAGCGCAUCUCGAUGGAGUAGUUCAUCUUUUCCAUCAUCAUAUUCUCGUCUCAAGUAAGGGAACUCCCCUCUCUAUCUCGAAACUCGAAUAAAUAUGCGAAUUUAGCGAAAGCAGAGGGAUAUAUGGUGAUUCUUUUGAUGGGAACAACUAGAUGGUGGAUUUGAGAGUCAUGGGAACUUACAAGCCAAUCAAGAACUACGAUGAGGGUGAUGAUGAGCAAAGGAGGUUGGAUCCUUGCAGAAUGCUGCAAACAACUGGACAAGACGAUGUGGAGAUGGCUCUUCCGAUUUCUGAAUCAAGAUCUGCCACUGCCUACGCCAAUGAGGAAAGAUGGGCGAAGAAAAUCGACGAUCACUCACUCUCGUCUUCCAGGAACCAACCUCAACGUCUUGUUUCACUUGACGUUUUUCGAGGUCUCACCGUUGCGCUGAUGAUACUGGUGGAUGAUGUUGGUGGGAUCCUUCCAGCGAUUAAUCAUUCCCCAUGGAAUGGUUUAACAGUAGCAGAUUUUGUCAUGCCAUUUUUCCUUUUUAUAGUUGGUGUUUCUCUUGCACUUACAUACAAGAAGCUGUCUUCCAGAGUUGUUUCAACUAGAAAAGCAAUUUUGCGAGCACUGAAGCUUCUGGCAUUUGGCCUUUUUGUUCAAGGAGGAUUUCUCCAUGGCCUCAACGAUCUGACAUAUGGAGUGGAUAUUAAACAGAUUAGAUGGAUGGGAAUACUGCAGAGAAUUGCAGUAGCAUAUUUGGUUGCAGCACUAUGUGAAAUUUGGCUCAAGGGUGAUGACACUGUUAAUUCAGGAUCAUCUUUACUAAGAAAGUAUCAAAACCAGUGGGGGGUGGCUCUGUUUCUUAUUAGCCUUUAUCUUUCCUUGCUAUAUGGCUUGUAUGUUUCUGACUGGGAGUAUCAGAUUCCAACAGAGCCUUCUUUACCACCAAAGAUAGCUUCUGUUAAAUGUGGAGUAAGAGGUGAUACUGGACCAGCUUGUAAUGCUGUUGGAAUGAUUGAUCGUAAGAUAUUGGGCAUACAGCAUUUAUACAGGAGACCAAUUUAUGCAAGGAUGCAGGAGUGCAGUAUCAAUUCCCCAGACUAUGGACCCUUGCCUUCUGAUGCUCCCUCUUGGUGUCAGGCCCCUUUUGAUCCUGAAGGACUCCUGAGCUCAGUGAUGGCUAUUGUUACCUGCUUGGUUGGCUUGCAAUACGGACAUAUUAUAGUCCAUUUUAAGGACCACAGAGUGAGAAUCCUGCAUUGGAUGAUCCCAACUUCUUGUCUGGUAGUCUUUGGCUUUGCCUUGGACGUAUUUGGGAUGCACAUAAAUAAGGUUCUGUACUCAUUCAGUUAUAUGUGCGUCACUGCUGGUGCUGCUGGCAUUCUCUUUACGGGAAUUUACUUGAUGGUUGAUGUUUGUGGAUAUCGUCGCGUUACGACGGUCAUGAAAUGGAUGGGUAUGCAUGCUCUAGCGAUUUAUAUCCUUGCCGCUUGCAACGUAUUUCCUAUCGUCCUGCAAGGAUUUUAUUGGGGCCACCCACGGAAUAAUAUCCUUAAGUUAGUCGGAAUCGGAACUUGAAUGGAAGAGGCAGAUAAGAUCAUGGACUUGAUUGUUCGAAGUUCAACUUUGGGCUAGUUAUUGAGUACUUGGUUCGGGGAAGCGGAUCGCGCUCCACAUCUACGGGUGAGACCUAUUUUGGAGGCAGCUUCACCUAUUGAUUAUUAGUUGGCCUGCGCCUACGCUGUUUAGUUUAGGGAGUAAACGAUGAAAGCCAAGAUCUCACGAUGAAUUUAAGUUUGACUAAACAUCGAUGCAAAAUUUUAAUUUUCAAUUAUUAUUAGUAUGCAUUAUUUAGUAUUUACUGAUAUAGAAACAAAAAGUAUUCCCUGUUCGACAACCCCACAUCAUUUAAGGGUCUGUUUGGAUCCGCACGUGUGUGGAUGAAAAGCAGCUUUUGAAAGCCAAAAACCCGUUUGGCAUUUUGUGAGGUGUUUGUCAGCUUUUGGUCAAUCUUACUUACAAGCUAAAAGCUGCUUUUUU